AUGCCUCCCCUGACGCCCUCUGCCCCUGCGCCCUCCCAUGGGCCAGGCUCGGUUCCCAAGGGAGCGUUUCCCCUCAUGGACUGUGUGGAGCGGAAGGGAGGGGAGGGCGCGCCGGAGUUCGUGCCGGAUGACUCGCAGGUGGAGUACAUGAAGAAGAUUGACGCCUGCCAUGAGUACAUCCGGGCCGGGGAGUCCUACGAGCUCUGCCUGACCACGAGGCUACGGAGCCGGUCGAAGAUCAACCCUUACAAGUUCUACGGCAGGCAGAGGAGGCUGAACCCUGCUCCUUACUCCGCCUUUCUUCGGCUCUCAGAGCACCUGAGCGUGUGCUCGUCCUCGCCGGAGCGAUUCUUGAGGAUAUCCCGGGACGGGUGGGUCGAGUCGAAGCCCAUCAAGGGGACGAGACGUCGGGGCCUGUGCCCGGAGGAGGACGUGGAGAUCGCCAGGGAGCUGCAGCUUUGUGAGAAGGACAGGGCGGAGAACCUGAUGAUCGUCGACCUGGUCAGGAACGACCUCGGGCGCAUCUGCCAGACCGGCUCGGUGCACUGCCCGAAGCUCAUGAGCAUCGAGAGCUUCACCACGGUCCACCAGCUAGUCUCCACCAUCCGCGGCCAGCUCCUCCCCCAGCUGGACGCGUUCGACUGUGUCCGUGCGACGUUCCCCAUGGGUUCCAUGACAGGGGCACCCAAGAGACGAUCCCUUGUCCUACUGGACGAGCUGGAAAGCAGCGCAAGGGGUAUCUACUCCGGCAGCAUCGGGUACUUCUCCCUCAACGGCGCGGCGGAUCUUUCCGUGUGCAUUCGCACGGGAGUGUUCAACAAGGAGGGGAUGAAGCUUGGGGCAGGGGGGGCGAUCACCAUCCUGUCCAAGGCGGAGGAGGAGUGGGAGGAGAUGCUGCUGAAGACCAAGGCGUUGGUGCAGUGUGCUCGGACGUUUUGUGCUGCAAAAUGA